CAGUUGGAGCUUCACAGCGUCGCCGAGCAGUUCGUUAGUGCGAAUGUGCGGUUGCGCAUUAACGACAAAUACGAAAGCAAAUUGUUUUUUAUUGUUGCUUUUAUUUAUUUUUUUUUUUUUGGUAAUAUAAGGAAUGUGCGUUUCCGUCCAGAACCCAUAAAAUUACGGGAAAUGUGAGUAAUUGUUGGCAGUUUAUUUAUAGCAACGCGCGACAAGUGUUCCUGGUAUUGAAAAUAAAGAAAAAGUGCAAUACAAAUUAUAACGAAAAAUUCCGUGUUGUGUACGGUGUUGUUGCAACCACUUUGGUGCUGUGCAAAUUUUAUUUUUUGUUUUAUUCUUGAUUCAUACGCCUUUUUUGGUGUACACGAUGCGUGCGCGGCAAGCAAAACAAUUUUUGGACGAUAACUAAAAAAAUAUAAUUCUUACCGUUAAUGUGGUUCGUAAGCGUAUAGUGAUCACUUAAGUUGUUCGAUUAGUUUGAAUAUUUUGUUGCAAAGUUGUUUUUAUAGCCAAGUUGUAGUUGUUUUUGCUGUGUUACUGCAACGAAAUCGUGAACGCAUGCGCAACAUUUUGGCCCGAAGCGUAGAAACAUUUGGCACAACCAUAAACCACAACAUAACCUAUGUGCCAACGCCAGUUACAACAGCAACAAUAAUAAUACUUCUUCAUCUGUUAGCCGUGCGUUGAUAUUGCAAGUAAACAAACUCAACGCUGACGGCAUUUCCUGCAAUAUAUUUCACCCGCAUGACUUGUUUAUGAAAUGAAAUGAGUUUUUGACACACAUUGGAUUCUUUAGUCUCGAAACAACACACUAAUUGUAUGCAAGAUAUCAUAAUUAGGCGUGAAAAUGAGUCGUCUUCAUGUUAUUGUACAUCCUGUGAAAAAGGAGUUUCGUCGAGACAAAUGCGGCUUCGAUCACUCACCAGCAGAUGACUUUGUAAAAUCACAAUGGCAGAGUCGCACCAAAAGCAUUGUGUAUUUAAUCUACCGUUGGCUUAUUGCGUUGUUCUUCACCGCCGUCGUCAUAGAUUCGAUGCUUGAAAAGGAGGAGGGUUCAUCGACAAACUUUUGGCUGUACUUUAUUUACUUGACCAACUGGGGUAUCAUGCUUUGUAUGUUGACAAAUCUAUUGGGCGCCAUUUUGGUUACCAUAUGGCAUUUUCAUCCGGAGUAUGCGGACAAACUUUUAAAUCUAGAAUCGCUGACUAGUCCGUUCGUCGUUUACUGGAGCAUGCACAUCAUCUCUCUAGUCCUUUCAAUAGUGAUAACCAUAAUAUAUUGGAGUCUGCUUUAUGAUGCUGCUGAGAGCUCUUUAAACCACACCAACGUGCUAACGCAUGCCUGCAAUUCCAUUUUUAUGUUCAUCGAUUUGCUGAUUGUGGCGCAUCCAUUGCGGCUGCUGCACAUGUUUCUACCGGUAUUUUUCGGUCUGAUAUUUGCGAUAUUCUCCGUCAUAUACCAGACAUGUGGCGGUCACAACAGAAAAGGCAAACCAUACAUUUAUCACGUGAUCGAUUGGCGUGAACCGUUACAUGCCUCACUUGUGGUGUUUGGUGUACUAUUACUCACCUGCUGCAUCUACAUGAUACUCUUCUUCAUCUACAAGUUGCGCACGUUGCUCUACAGACGCAUAAAUAAGGCCUCAUACUAUUUCCCGACAACAACGCCGCCAACUGGCGGUACCGAGAAGUCGGCAAAUGGCACCUUGCCGAAAACGGUUAAAGGCACGGGCAUACAGCAUUCACCUUCGGGUAUUUCUAUGGUGUUGGGCAACUUCAACACGCCCACUGGCUAUCAUAACGAAGCGUUUGCGAGCAGCACCGAGAAGUUGGAACGAUAUUAGAGGACUUUUGCGGGGGAGCUUACAGGGAAACAAUUUGUAGUUCAAAUUAUAGUUUUAGAUUUAGUGGAUAAUAAUUUGUAUAUAGUUGGCAUGCGUGUUUAAAGUGUAUUGAUUAACGCCUCAUUUAUCGUGACUAAUGUACAAAAUAAGUUUAAAAACAUUUUUUGUUUUAAUUUCUGUUUUGUAACAUUUAGUAAAGCAAUACUGUAGCGUAUUCGUUGAAAAUUGUUGUAGUACAUUUUUACUGUAUUCCUUAAGAUAAGACGUAGUAUUGGUUAAGAAGUCUCGAACUGGUUGUGUUUUUACUUUUUUAAUAAAAAGCAACUAAGUAAAAUAAAUGAAGUCAAAUUUGAAA